GCCUACUAGAUAAAUACAUCUCGAUCUAGUAUCGAUUAGAUAAAUAUGAAUAAGGAACUGCAACACAUUAGAAGACGGCUCUCGAAUUUUACUAUUUUGUUCAACGUUACAUACUUCAAUUCUAUCAUCACAUCUGUGAACAAUGGCGCCGUUGAGGCUUCACGAACUUUCUAGUGAUGAAGAGUUCAAGCCGCUCGUCGAUGUAGAGCAUGAAGCUUACAGCAAGCCUCUCAAUGGUGUUUGGGAGAUCUUGAAAGGCUCUUCGAGAGACGAGUUCUGUGCGCGUCAACUGUCAUGGCACAAAAGUGACCCCACCAGCAAUUGGAUCUAUGUUACCGACGAAGCGACCGGCGAGGUAAUUGGUGGGACACAAUGGAAUAUUCACAAAACGAAUCCAUUUGCAGUUGAACGGACACCGCUUACGGCUUACUGGUUGCCUGAAGGGACCAUGAAACAGAUUGGGGACCAGCUCAUGCUUGCCUGGGAAUCGAAACGUCCUACUUUCGCAAGCAAACCACAUCUCUUAAUAGAGUUCUGCUUUGUACAUUCCGCACAUAGAAGACAGGGUGCUGCGAAAAUGAUGUUGGAGUGGGGCACAAAAAAGGCCGAUGAGCUUGGAUUAGAAGCAAUCGUCGAAUCUACUGAAUCGGCCCGCCCAGUAUAUGAGAAAAGUGGAUUCUAUGUUAUCGACGACCUCUAUCUCGAUGCGCAAGUGGAGAAUCCAAGCGAGGAAUUUCAGGAAGCAAGACAACAGCUUGGAUGCCCUAUCCAUGGCUUCGUCAUGAAGCGAGACCCUGUGUCUACGAAGUAGACUACGGACAGCUUAUUUCAGAUGCUGAUAGCUACCUGCCUACCUAAGGAAGUACCGAGUAGAUGAACUUACCUAUAGUUAGCGCAGAUUGCCCCUUUUCCAAGUCCCGGCGUCUUGGUACAGUGGGUGAGUUCCACAUAUCCUUGAAACUUAGGGGACUAUUCAGGCAGGCACCCGAAUACAACUCGUAAGGGGCAUGCAGAUACUAGUUAGUUAGGUUCAUAGUUACAGAUUUUUACAAGUCCUUUUCCAAUUCUCUGAGAAGAU